UCUUUUAAAUUUGGUCUGUUAAGGUUUUCUGUUAGAAAAGAGUCGAGGCUGAAUAUUAAGGUCACUCACAAUGUUAUCUUUGGAUUUCAUGUACCUUUUAGCUCUGGCAUUCAGCAGCAUUUUAUGUGAAGAUGUUUCAUUUGGCAAGAACAAUUACAUGGAGUACAGGAAAGGAAACUUCAGUAUUAUUCUAACAGCUCCACAUGGUGGUUCAGUAAAACCAUCUGCAAUUCCUAAUCGAGAUUCUGGUUGCUGGGACAAGAAGACAUCCAUUUGUCACUUUACCCAUGUUUGCCCAGCAGGAACAGUCAAGGAUCCAGCUAGUUGUGGGGUGUCCACUGUAUCCGACAUGAACACAUUAGAGAUAACACUGGAAAUUGCUGCACAUAUUCACAGAAUAACUGGCCAUUACCCCCACGUAGUUAUUAAUCAUCUCCAUAGAUCAAAGCUGGACCCCAAUAGAGAAAAAGAUGAGGCAGCCUUUGGCAUUCCUUUGGCAGAACAAACUUGGGAUGAAUUUAUGGCAUUUAUUGAACUGGCAAAGUCCCAAGUGUCAGAAGGCCUUCUGCUAGACAUUCAUGGACAUACUCAUGAAGAAAACUGGACAGAGCUUGGCUACACUAUUUCUAAACAACAACUGAAUUCUGGCACAUUUAAUCCUAAUGAUUCCUCUAUUGCCCACCUGUGGAGAAAACUAAGCACAGUCUCAUAUAAUGAUUUGUUGAGAGGAAACCGAAGCUUAGGCAAGUUUAUUGAAGACCAAGAAAACAAAGCCUACAUUUGUGUUCCUUCACCUACAUACCCUAGCCCUGGGAAAGGUAAUUAUUUCAUUGGAGGGUACAUAACAAGAACAUUUGGAUCUAAGUAUUCAGGAACUAUUGAUGCUAUUCAGAUUGAGUUACCCAAGUCAAUGAGAAAUGACAAACGGUGUCCAAAACAGUGUCCUGCUGUAGCUCAGGCCAUUAUUCAGUUUUGGCAAGUUAACUAUUGCAACCAACAUAACAACAAAAUCCUAGGCUGUUAAUGUUUGCUUUUCAGAAAAAUAUAUAUCAUUUAUCUUUUCAUUUUGUGGUGGUGUAGGUUACAUCUGAAGGAAAAUGGUCAUAGACAAUGAUUCCUGAUUUUUUGAAAAUGUACACUUUCAAGUAUAAAGUUUUCUGAAAUUUAAUAAGUUGUAUGUUAACAAGAAAUGCAUAUACAAUAUGAAAUCACUCCCCAAAAUGUAAUUGCCUAUGACACUGGUUUAUACAUUUGUAUUAAUGCAUGGGUUGCACAUGCUUAAAUGAAAACUAAAUAUAAGCUAAAUCAAAUAAAAUUAGUGACCUGUUA